UCCACUACUCAAGUGGCCAUGUCUUCGUAAACACUCCGCCUCGUCUAUUUAGCUCGUCAGUGCGGGUGCAGAUCUAAACUGUGUCCUAGGACUAGUAGUGGGCUAGUGGCUGUCCAGCUUGUCCUGCGUGGACUCGUGGCAUCGGAGUUUCGAAAAUGGGCGUGAGCAUCCCAGCCAGCGAGCCGAAGCACCGGCGGCACCAUCAAGAAGGGUGCGAGGCCGACGACGGCGGCGAGGAGUCGCCGGCGCUCGCCGCGCUGUACCUGUACGGGGACGUGCUCGAGUCGGUGGUGGAGCGCGUGCCGGCGCCCGACCUCGCCGCCGCGGCGGGGGUCUCGCGCGAGUGGCUCCGCGCGGUGCGGUCCGCGCUGCGCCGGCGCCCGCGGCGGCUGCCCUGGCUCGUGGUCCACCUCCACGGCCGCCGCCGCCGGACCGCGGCCUACGACCCGCACUCCGGCGCGUGGCUCACCGUGCAGGCCCCGCGCCACGCCACGCCGUCGCACGUGCGCCUCCUGCGCGGCGCGCGCGGCGACCGGGUGUGCGCGCUCUCCUGCUCCGGCCUCGACGUCGCCGGCGACCCUCUUGGGACGUCCGCGUGCGUCGCCAUGAAGGCCCCCGGCGUGUGGCGCGUCGACCCGGUGCUGGCAGCGGUGGGCGACCGCGUGGUCGCCCUCGGCGGCGCGUGCCAGCUUGCGCUCGCCGAGGGAGAGGACGCCGCCGCGGUGGAGGUCCACGAGGGCGGGAAUUGGGCGGCCUGCGAUCCGAUGCCGGCGGCGCUCCGCGAGUCGGCGGCAGCAACGUGGCUUUCGGUGGCCGCGACGGAUCACAGAGUGUACCUCGCGGACAGAACCACCGGGUGUGCGAGCUGGUUCGAUCCGUCGAUGCGGCGGUGGGGUCCAACCCGUCGCCUCAAACCAGACGCCGGCGUUUCCACGUGGGGCGUCGCGCCUGGUCGCGCCGGCGCCGAGCAGCUCGUCCUUUUCGGAGCGAAGCGCGAAGGCGAGGGGGCAAAGAACAAAGUCGUCAUCCAAGCAUGGGAGGUGGACGGCGACACUCUGGAUCUGCCUCCCGGCGCGGGCCACGACGCAAUGCCGAGCGAGAUGUCGGCGAGGCUUUUCCCCCACGACGAGGACGAGGAGGACGACGGGGAGACGCUCCCGUCGAUCGCGGUGUGCGGCAACGCCACCGGAGGGUACGUGUACAAUUCGGCCGAGCCAGCCAACGGCGCCGUGCUCGAGGGGAAGACGGGGGGCGCCGUGGAGCGGUGGGAGUGGGUGCCGUGCGCGCCCUCGGUCCGCGCCGAGCCGCUGGGCCGCGUCAUCCUCGCGUGCUCGCCGGUGGGGUUGGACGAGCUCGAGCUGUCGCGUGGACUAUCACCUCUGGGCCCACAACGUGCAUGUGCGGAUGUACAGUGAAACACAGUUUUUAGUUAAAUAAAAUACUCCCUCGGUUCAUAAAUUUAAGAUGCUUUGUAUAUCAUUCCCUCGGUUCAUAAACAUAAGAUGCUUUGUAUAUCAUUCAAGUUUCAGGAAUCUUCAAACCCAAUGGACUGACUGAAAUGAGUGAGUAAUAAAUACACUAAAAAGCAAUGCUAUACGGACGACAAUGUAAAGACGAUUUGUGGA